AUGGAGUCGCUUAGUAGAGCUGGGCAGGAGAUGAGCCUGGCGGCCCUGAAGCAACACGACCCCUAUAUCACCAGCAUCGCAGACCUCACGGGCCAGGUCGCUCUGUACACCUUCUGCCCCAAGGCAAACCAGUGGGAGAAGACUGAUAUAGAAGGGACCUUAUUUGUAUAUAGAAGGUCAGCUUCACCUUACCAUGGUUUUACUAUUGUGAAUCGACUGAAUAUGCACAAUCUAGUUGAACCAGUGAAUAAAGAUUUGGAGUUUCAGCUCCAUGAACCAUUUCUUCUGUAUAGAAAUGCAAGCCUGUCAAUAUACAGUAUCUGGUUUUAUGACAAGAAUGACUGUCACCGCAUAGCAAAACUCAUGGCUGAAGUCAUUCAAACUUUUUUCAUGGGAUAUAUUUUUUCUUUUAAUUUUUUUAAGAAUCAGAUGGGUGACUCAAAUAUCUCCAGCCCUGGGUUACAGCCAAGCACUCAGCUCUCCAAUCUGGGAAGCACAGAGACUCUAGAAGAGAUGCCCUCCGGGUCACAAGAUAAGUCUGCUCCAUCUGGACACAAACAUCUGACAGUGGAAGAGCUAUUUGGAACCUCUUUGCCAAAGGAACAGCCUGCAGUCAUGGGUCUGGAUUCAGAAGAAGUGGAGAAGCUGCCAGUAGAUGCCUCCCAGAAAGAUCCCAGCUCAUUCCUACCAUUCACCUUUGAUCAAUCAGGAGGAGUCCCGCAGUCAGAAAACCUAGGUGUUCAUUCUGCUGCCCACCACUCAGUCCAACCCGAAGUCACCACCCCACUGCUAAUCACCCCAGCCUCUAUCACACAGUCUAGUGAGAAGCAUGCCCCAAGCUACACAAUCCCAUUGAGCCCUGUUCUCAGUCCCACUCUACCAGCUGAAGCUCCUACUGCACAGGUUCCCCCCAGUUUACCUCGAAACAGCACCAUGAUGCAGGCAGUGAAGACCACACCUAGACAGAGGUCUCCACUCCUGAAUCAGCCAGUCCCUGAGCUAAGCCACACCAGUCUGAUUGCCAGCCAGAGCCCCUUCAGGGCCCCAUUGAGUGUGACGAAUACAGCUGGCACAUCCCUCCCAAGUGUUGAUCUUCUCCAGAAACUCAGGUUGACCCCACAGCAUGACCAAAUACAGACGCAGCCACUUGGGAAAGGUGCAAUGGCACCCAGCUUUUCUCCAGCAUCCAGCCAACUGGCCACACCUGAGAGCUUCAUAGAGCCUCCCUCCAAGACAGCAGCAGCAAGAGCAGCACCCUCAGCCUCCCUCAGCAACAUGGUGCUCGCUCCCCUCCAGUCUAUGCAGCAAAACCAGGAUCCUGAAGUAUUUGCCCAGCCUAAGGUGUUAUCCAGUGCCAUCCCGGUUGCAGGCCCCCCACUGGUUACUGCAACAACCACAGCAGUGUCUUCAGUCCUUCUGUCCCCAAGUGUUUUCCAGCAGGCAGUUACAAGGUCCACAGACCUUGAGAGGAAAGCAAGCUCCCCUUCUCCUCUAACUGUUGGAACACCAGAAAAUCAAAGAAAGCCUUCCAUUGUUCUCAGCAAGUCUCAGCUCCAGGAUACAUUAAUACAUCUAAUAAAGAAUGAUUCCAGCUUCCUUAGUACACUUCAUGAAGUCUACUUGCAGGUUCUGACCAAGAACAAAGACAACCACACCUUAUGACUGGAGUGGAAUAAAUCUGAAGGCAGGUUGUCAACCUGUGAAGAAAAUAUGCCUCAUCAUGGAAACUUCUAAACAAAACGUUGAGUUUUGAGAAUCCUGAAAUUGAGCCUAUGAGAAAGGGACUCAUUUCCUUAAGAAUGUUUUCCAAGUGGCAUUCUCAGUGAUAAUCAAGGUUUCACUGUGAAGCAUCACCAGCAGACCUUUGUUUUGACAAAAAAAAAAUCAUCUUAUUAAGUUAUGUGGGUGUUUUCAUCAGCUAUAAAUGAAUGUGUGAAA